GAGGAUAUCAACGAGACCAUCAAGCGGUACCGUGAAUCACUUCGGGUAGGGCGGCAAGACUAUCCAGAGCGCUAUACAAAGCUUUUUAAUUUGAGCUCGGCGCUCUGCUCUCGUUUCGCGAACACUUGGAAGAUCGAAGAUGUUGAGGAGGCCAUUGAGUUCUGCCAGGAAGCACUGGCGGUUUUGCCACCACUCCACCCCGACAGGCACUACUCCCACUUCAGGAUACGCAAGGCAUAUAUGUCUCGUUACCGGGUGCAGCAUAAACCUGCUGAUUUA